AUGGAAAAUUAUAAAUCAACUUCAUUUAAUCAAAAUGUUUUAAAAAAUAAAAGAACAGGAGAAACCCAAACAUUAAUUGAAAAUGAUAAAGAAAAAAAGAUAAUUAAAAUAUCAAAUAAUAAUAAUAAUAAUAAAAAUUAUAAUAAUAAUGAAAAUGAUAAUAAUAAAAAUAACAAUAUAAAUAAAAAUAAUUGUGUGGAUGAUAAUCAAAAUACAAUACCAUUUUAUUUACAAAGUAUUAUAAUUAAAAUUUUGUGUAAAUAUAUAAAUAAAUCAAAUAAUAUAAAAACAAACAUCGGAAAUAUAGAAAAAAAAAAAUAUUUAUGUAGACUUAAGAAUCAAAUUGCUAAUGUUUGUUGGGAUUGGUUCCAUAUGGUACAAUCUGAAUUGAAUGUUAUUGUUGAUUUUAAUUGUUUUAAUUCAUCAUAUUAUUGUAUUUUACAAUAUGAAAAUAUAAAAUAUUUUAAAAUUACAAACCUUCAACCAAUUAAUGAUAUUAAUUUUAUAAAUAAUAAAUUAAAUCCAACUCUAAAAAAUUUAAAAAAUUUAAAAAAAUUAUAUGUACCUUUUUAUUUUGAUACAUUGGGUGAUAUCCAAUUUGAAAAUAUUAAAAUAAAAGUAAUUGAUGAUAACAAUAGUAAGAAUUAUGAUAAUAAUAAUAAUAAUAAUAAUAAUAAUAAUAAUAAUAAUAAUAAUAAUAAUAAUAAUAAUAAUAAUAAUAAUUUAUCAACAAUAAAUUAUUCUCAUUCUAAAAACAAUGGGUAUUAUCCAUUUUCUAAUAUUAAUAAUAGUAUAAGUUUUAUAAACAAAAUCACAAAUAAUGUAAAACAAAUCGGAGGAAUACAUUUAAAAUCAUGUUUCCCACCAAAUGAAAUAGUGCAAUUGUUUUCAAGAUGUAAAAUCAAGGCAAUAGAUGUUGAAAAUUAUGAUGAGUGGAUUUUUCCAUUCAAGGAAAUUUCUUUAAAUAAAAGUAUAUACUAUUUACAUGAUUUGUCAUAUUCAGAUAGUUUAUCUAUCAAACAAAUAUAUUACAUUUUAAAAGGAUGUCCAAAAAUAGAAGGCCUAUCAAUUGGUUUAUGUUUUGAAAAUCUAAUAUAUCAUUUAUCAAAUAGAAAUGCAUCAUUAAAACCUUGUAAAUGUAGUUUUGAACACGAUGACGAUGACGAAGAGGAUGAAAGAAAUAAAAAAACCAAUAAACCACACAAUAAAAACUCAAAUUUCAAAUAUUAUUGGAAUUAUAUAUUUCAAUCAAUUUCAAAUCAUAAAACAUUAAAAUCGAUUUCAAUUGAACAUACAUGUAAAGAAUCGCUUGGAGAAUUUGAAAAACACAAAUUACCAGAUCAAUUUAUUCAAACAUUUGGAUUAAUGAUUGCAAAAAACAAAUCAAUUAAAUCAUUGACAAUAAAUGAAAUAAUUCAAACCCCUCAACUAUUUCAAUUUAUACAAUCUAUUAAUAAAACAAUUAAAAAGUAUUACUCUAUUGAAUAA